AUGGCAUCAAGCAGCAAUCAAUCUACUGGAGUUUCGGGACCAGCUGUACCUAUUUUUGAUGGUGAAGACUAUGACCUUUGGUGUCUUAUGAUGAAGACUUUGUUUAGAUCACAAGAUCUCUGGGAACUUGUGGAGAAGGGGUUGUCGGAGAAAGAAGAUGAAGCCAAGGUGAGGAAGAACAAGAAGAAGGAUGCCAAGGCGUUGUUCUUCAUACAACAAGCUCUCUCUCGACCCAUUCUUGCCCGAAUUGCCUCAGCAAACACAGCAAAUGAGGCGUGGGUUACUUUGAAGAAGGUGGUUCAUGGAAAUCCCAAGGUAGUGGUACAUCGAAGCUUCAAACACUCGAGGCAAGACUUUGAGAAUCUUAGGAUUAAGAACACAGAAACGGUUCAAAAUUACAUCACAAGGGUUGUAGACCUUGGAAACCAAAUGAAGAGCUUGGGAGAUACUAUUUCUGAAGCAAUGGUUGUUGGGAAGCUGUUAAGAAGCUUGGGACCCAAGUUCAACCAUGUUGUCACUGCCACUGAAGAGUCCAAGGACCUCACAAAGCUCACCAUGGAGGGUGUGAGUGGAUCUCUGAUCGCUCACGAAGGGUGUCUCCAGAGGUCGAGGAAGAGGUUACUCUCGUGGGAGAUUCUGAGGAAGAGGAAGAGGUCGAUCAAUAGAGAAUCGAUAGCAACAAGGGGACCAAAGAAGUUAUAG